ACGAUUACUAUCAUGAGCGAGAGCAUGGGACUUCGCGUGCGGCGGCAGCAAGUGUAGAUCGUGCAUGCUGCAUUCUCGAGGAAGUUUCGUAUAGAACAGUUGCAGGUAAUAGACGUCCAUCCCACUUGCAGGGAUACGGUGCGUUACCAUCGUAGAUAGGAUGGAGUACUACGACCCUGUCAUGUCUCGCGCAAACGCGGGACAGGAGAGCAUGUCGCUUCAGGAUAUGAUAGAGUGUGAUAUGCAAUCACCUCCUAUGGAACAACACAUGAUGGGAUCGCACGAUAACCCAGUGUCGGAAUACGCUCCCUCAGAAGCAUUGCCACAGAACGUACUUGUGAAUAUGUGGCCGCAAUCGCACCCGACUCACGAUAGUCUUUCGUGGGUAAAUAGUGUCGACAUGAGUAAUUUUCAGCAGUUGUCUGGAGACGGAAGAACAGUGAUUAUGGUCGACCCUCAGACGGGCUUGCCGCAGGAGGCUCAGCCACCACCGUACAAUCUGCACUCAUUCGAUAGUCCACCGCGAGCGAUUCGCCAAAGUACAGCGCAAAACCUCUCUCUACAUCCUCCUCCGAUGUAUAGCCAGCAGAGGCAACCCCAUCUACACGGGCCGCCGAUACCUCACUUAUCUCGGCAACACAUACCGCAGGCACAGCAGCCGCAGCCGAAACCCGGAGAGAGCAAAUGGGAGAAGCCUGCCUAUUCGUACAGCUGCCUUAUUGCAAUGGCACUGAAGAACAGUAAAAGUGGUAGCCUACCUGUGAGCGACAUAUACAACUUCAUGAUAGAAAAUUUCCCUUACUUCAAAACGGCUCCUUCGGGAUGGAAGAACUCAGUGAGGCACAAUCUCUCGUUAAACAAGUGUUUUGCGAAGAUUGAGCGACCGACGGGUCAUGGAAACUCGAGGAAAGGGUGUCUCUGGGCAAUGAAUCCGGCCAAGAUUGAGAAGAUGGAUGAGGAAUGCCUGAAGUGGCGGAAGAAGGACGCCGCUGCCAUCAAACGAGCCAUGGCUAAUCCGGAUAAGCUCGAACUCAUAGAGAAGGGGAUUUGUCGGUCUCCUAGUCCAGUGUCACAGCACACGCCUCCCCAGACGAUACUAGGUGAGAUCAAGGCAGAGCCGCUCAUGGAGCAUGGCAGCUACACAGCCGAUGCUGAACUGUUCGAUCCGACCCUGGCUGAUAUUAACAUGAAGUACGGUGUGUUCUUGCAUCCGCAGAGUCACUGCUGGUCUGACGCCCAGGAACCGGGAGACUUUAGUCCAGGACAGGAUCAGGCUGUGCCGUCCGGUAUUCCUCACACAACGAUUGCCCAGUCUGUGCCAUACGACAUUUCUCAGACUGCGGUUAGCGGUACCUACGUCUAUACGCAGAACUACAACACCAACAACAACACCAAGUUAUACACGGACAAUUCGAGUCACGGCGAGUUGUAUAUUGGAAACAAACCAGUGGCUCUCAUAUAGUUAACAAAUGCGAUGAGCCAAACGAGGACGUUGUCUUACGAUAAAAGUCAUGUUUGUAGACAUGGCAGCGAGAGAUUGAAAAAAAAGGUGAUGAUAUAGAUAGCGCGCGCGCGUGUGUGUGUGUGUGUGUGUGCGUGCGUGCGUGUGUGACAGAGAGGCGCGUGCAAGAGGGAGAGAGCGGGGGUAGAGAGCACGUGUAUUUCCGGAGUUCACCAUGUCAUAUAACCCAUAUCAUACCUACGAACGUGCCUUUUCCACAGAGUUACGAAGAAUCUAUCAGAUAUGGUUGUUUAAUGAGCAAGAAAUUGUCAACAUAUACUUAGCAUACUUAGCUUACAUAACUUUACUUAGCUAUGCCAAUAAGACCGUCCAUACAUACAUACAUGCGUGCGGGAGGAGAUUUAAGUGUGUAUAGGUAUUGAUAUUUUGACAUUACAGCUGUACCAAACUAUAUGAGACCUAUCUAUUUUGAUGUUGGUCCCAUAUUCCUUCACGUACUUCUCUUAAACCAAAGCUGGAUGAAAUAGUCCCAGGCAUUGUAAUAUAAUCAAGAGUUAUUUGGGUUGUAUUUAAUUUCGUAUAAUAUCGAUUUCCCAUGCUGUCUAUGCUGUAUUUAUUUUAUUUAAUUGCUGACAGGAAGCUUUUUGAAACACCUGUUGCCUCGUUGACGAGGUGACACUAAUCCCAUUCCAUUACUGCCUACAUCGCGUGUAGGCACUCGUACCACGGAAGCGUUUUGCUCAAAUUGAAAUGUUUGCAUUUGUCUUGUGUCUGCUUCACAGUAUCGUAUGCUCAUCUGUCUAGAGUCGGAAUGUUUAAAGGUUUGUGAACAUCGAGACACAUUGUUAUUAUGUCGCUUAUGAUCUGCACCACCCUGACAUGACAAUGUAGGUUGAGCUAAUCCAAAGGUUUACAAUGGCGUCGCAGUGUGACGGGCAAUGACGUCGCUGCGUCACGUGGGUUACAGAUCUUUCGAUCAUCAGGGAAGUAUGCAGGCAGACAAAUAUGUUGUCUAUUACGCGUGUGAUCAGAAAUCUCAUACGUAUAUAUCUGUAACGAGAUAGCCCUGUGUUCGUGCACGUUAUAAUAAAAUCCAUGGAUUUUUCUACUUUUUGGCACACGCAUAUCACAACUAUCUCCUAGCUGUUUCAUGAAAUUGCGUGUACAUGACAUUUCAAAACUCUGAAUGUCUCGAAGUGAUUCUAACCGUGUAGCUCCAACAAUAAGUAGGAAAGACGUGGUCAGAUAGUAGGUCGUGCGAGUAGAUUGAUAGAAAAACGGUGCCAGCUCUGAAAUUUCAGGGUAUUAUAGGCUAUUAUGAUUGUUAUACACAAUCGCGGUGAUAUGGCACAGCAUGUUGACGAUGUAUAUAUAUAGACUACCACAAAUGCAUAUCAAUGAUGAUCUAAAAAAUUAUUGGCUAUAAUUAUUUCUACGAACGAUGAAUGCUUAUAAGAAUUUCAGUAUAUACUUGUAGGUAUUGUUUAGGUGAGUUUAUUAUGUGAAUCAAUUAUUCAUCCAGGGUUCCCUGUUUUAACGUUGGCUGUAUAUAUAUAUAUAUAUAUAUAUAUAUAUAUAUGU